GGUGGAGCCGGCGUGUGCCUCCAGUCAGUCAGUCAGUCACUCGCCGGCCGCCGGUGUAGAGUGUUGUGAUUGCACAUUUCGUCGUGCACAUUUCACGCUUUUGUAUGUUGGCCAGAACUCUCGCCUCACAGCAUUCCUUCGUUUACAGUGGAGUAACACACCGUUCGUGACGCCGCCGAAGGAAACGUCGCCGUCUUCGGGACGUCGACGUAAUUAGUUAAGCGGACAAAAAGGAGCCACGGAGAAGCUGUUCUUCUCCGCCGCGUCGUCUCGUUAUUUUUUUUACAUUCCCGAUCCGGCAUUCCGCGCUCCGCGAAAUAUCUUUGGCCAGAUCGCUACGGCUCUCGCGCAGAUUAUUCGCGGAGUUCAGACAACGUGCGAGAAGACGACAGCAGCCGCGAAAAAGAGCGCGGCGGCUGCUGCGGUGGACGCGCAACGAGAGACAGGCGAGAGUUCGCCGGGGUUUUUCUUCCUUUUUUUUUAAGACGCAAACGUGCGAAGAAGGAUAUGUGCUCUGUGCUCUGUGCGUCAUAAUACAAUACGAAUACAUAUCUCGUCUACGCGAGUGUUUACCUUUGACGACCACCUGUUGCGCGGUUAACCCGCGCACGUCCCACCUUGUGUCACGUUGGAUUAACCGGAUUACGCGCGCCGCCCGGGAUGCCCUUCGCGUGAAGAUAAAUCAUCGACCGUGGACACGCUGCGAAGACGCUGCAAGAAGGAAAGGUGGAUUCAGUAAAAUCGUUGGCGGAGGAUUUAGAGGGCGGAGGAAUCUAGUGAGAACGCUGGGCGUAGCAGCGACGAAAUGAAGCAUGCAGUAUGCGUGGUAGCGGUGUCACGGCUGCGCGGUCUUGCCUUCAACCCCUGGUGUCCGCCAGCCGCUAUCUCGCCGUACACGCUCUUCCCGGUGAUCCUCUCUACUUCGUCGUUGAGGCAAAAUCGAGAGUGAAGGAGGUUUAUACGCAGACAUGCUCGAUUCUCAGCCAACAAGGCAUGCGAGACUGCGAACUUUUCGGCCUAGCAAUAUUGUCUGACGGUGAAUAUCUAUUUGUGGACCCCGAGAAUAAGUUAAACAAGUACGCUCCGAAAAAUUGGCGAAAUUCUCAUACAUACGGUUUAGACAGCAGCGGGAGACCGGCCUUCGUCUUGUACUUUCGAGUUCAUUUCUACGUCGACACUCCAUUACUCUUGAGCGAUGAGACGACGAGGCAUCACUACUAUCUGCAACUGCGCGACAACGUCGUCAGGCAUGGCGGCGGAGUCGAGAGCCUCCAUUCUCACCAUCCCCUUCACGAGCCGUCCAUCGUCACGCAGCUGCUCGUGCUCGCCGGACUCGCCCUUCAGGCCGACCUUGGCGACUACUCCGAGGAACGGCACAGACCGCACGCGGGAUCUGUCGGCUAUUGCAAGUCCACGGAUUACCUUCCUUCACACAUGUGCCUCGAGUCGAACGUGCUUGCCGUGCUUGCGGCUCAGCACAGGGAGAAUAACGGGCUCUCCAGGGAGGAGGCAGAGCUGCAAUACAUCCGGGAGGCGGUACAGUUGGAGGCGCCGCUCAACGCUCACCUGUAUCGACUGCGUCGUAGCAAGAACGAGACCGGACCCGGACGUAUACUCUUGGCGAUUUGCGCUCGCGGAGUGCGAAUCUACGUCGAGGAGGAGACACCGCGCGUCUUCGCCUGGAACAGCAUCGGAAAACUCUCUUUUGAUCGCAAGAAGUUUGAGAUACGAGCGGUCGAUCAACCGGACAAACUCACUCUCUAUAGCGGAUGCGAUGACAAAAGCAAACUUCUCUGGGGACUUUGCCGCGACACCCAUCAAUUCUCCAUGGCAAUAGCGCCCAGGGUGAACGAAGCCAAAAAACGAGAAGAAGAAGAAAGGAAAGUCCUGCGGGACUGUUACAUGUAUCCUACUCGAUGCAAGCUGAGCUUAACGGCGCGCGGCGCGCGCGGCGAUCAGCGCAUUUCCGUCAUUUCGAGCACAUCUUCCAAUACCACAUCCGGUAUAGUUAGCGAUCGGGUGCACAGCGAGGAUGAACCGGAUACCGCACCAGUGUCGACCGAGUGUUUACCGCGUCUUACCGAGACAACACCCUACUCGACCUCGCCGAGCAGGAUUUUAAAUGGCACAAACACGGACACGGACAAUCGCUCAAUGCCAUCUUCUCCCGCUUCUAUUAUCGAUGGACAAUUUUUAGAAGUCGACGGUUCCGAUGCCACUUCGACGUCGGUCGCGUUGCGACUCGCGUCGAGCGCGGCGACGGCUGCUGAGGGUUCGCAGUGUAGCAGCAGCUGCAGCACGGUCGUUGUUGUUAAUACACCUGCAGGCGGAACGUCGCGAAUGCGCCGCGCCUCGGCGACCUCCAGCCUGGAACUCGGUUAUUCGCACACGGCGCAAAAUUCCGCGGUCUCGUCGGAGACGGCGAGUUUUCCAGGCGCUAUUUACGACAGGUGUAAGAAAACGGGCAAGUACACAGGUACUGAUAUCGCGAGUGAAACUAGCGGUGUGUACACACUAAGAAGCAGCGAGAUGCAAGAUGAAAGAAUCGGCGAUAAUCUGUACUCACCCACGGGCGACACCAACGAGUCUUCAGCGGCGAGCGUUUGCGCUUUGAGCUCCGUUCAAUCCACCACUGACGAAGCGUCCGUCACGUCCGGUUUUUACACCAUUCACAGCGAGCUGCGUUCCGAGAGCGACGUUUACACCGAGGACGUCGGUACGGAAGACCAGGAACCGAUAUAUAGCGUCUGCAAGGGCGACGACGACGGAGUCUCUUUGAAUCAACAACUGGAAGAUCUUCGUUCGCGAAGCAACAGCAUCCUCAGCGCGGACAGUUUCCGCGGCGACGGCAGCGAUCCAUCCAGUGUAAGACCGUUGCUGUCGGCUGACGAGUUGUCGGAUCUAAUAGUCGGCAGGUACCCUCCGCGCAAGACUAUCAGCAAUUCGAUGGAUUCGGACUGCGAUUACGUGACUAUGCCGCUUCCUCCUCCGCCGCCACCUCCGCCACCGCCGCCUAGGACGGACAGCGAUCGGCAGUUGCUACCACCGCCUCCUUACCCGGUGGAGAACAUCGACUACGCGACGAUCAACGUUCCGAAGAGAUCGAACAUACCGGAAUUGGAUCGGGAGCGAGAACCACCACCGCCACCGCCGUACAAUGCGACUCGUGGAGGUGAUUUUGUUCCUUUGCCGCCCAGACGAGUCGAUCCACCGCCGCCGCCACCUCCGUACACCUUGCCGCGAGAAAGAAUUCAAAUACCGCCACCCACUCCUCCGCGAAACGAUGCGAUUACGCCGCGAGAGCCGCCACCGCCGCCGCCGCCGUAUCCCGAUGUAUCGACGGCGACCGGUAUCGUCCCAAGAAUCGCGAAGACCACUGUCGGUGACAUCGCCGCGACUAUCGCGCCAAAACCACCGCCUCGAAUUCAACCGCCCACUUAUCCGGGUGAUAAAAUGAAGCCCACUCCGGUACACGCGCCGGUCGCUGCCCUCGUAGUAGGUCCGAACAAUUAUUUGGACGUGCACGCUUCUCGAGGUGGUCCCCCGGUGCUUCUGCCGUAUUUGACAGCACCGCCACCUCCACCGCCGCCUCUACCUCCGCCUCCGAUGGUACAUCCGCGGCAGCCACCUCCGCCACCUCCGACUUCGUCGCAACAGCCGGUGUCCAGUUUGGCGACCGUUUACACGAGUCAGGUCACCCGAUCGCAGAUAGAACAGUACAAACAGCAGUUGUACUCUGACGUCGACUACGUUAUGUUUCCGCUUAAGGAUCCGGCGGUGUCGAAGCAGGAGUACAUCGACGCCAAGCAGGGCUCUAUUAUGGCAGCCAUGGCCGCGUAUCCGCCGCCGCCGUAUCCUUCCUUCAACAAAUCCUCGGUGAUGUAUCGCAGCACGCCCUACCUUCCAGGUUCCUCGUUCUCCUCGCAGUCCAAAUACGCGUCCAAUCUGAAUCUGAGUGACACAGGUAGCUCCGCCGGCAAUUAUCUAACGCACAGCAAUCUGAACAGUCUCUACGCCGCUAGCACCAGUUCGUUGUACAGCGGCGCGACUUCGUCCACCGGAAGUCACAGUCUAAGGGAACCGCCGGCGCCUUCUCACACGUUGCACACGUUCUCGCGGACCAGAAGCGACGAGAAUAUUCUCAAAUGUUUGGACAGUCUCACGAGUAAAAUGCAGUCUCUGCCGCAGUCCAAGUAUCGCAGAUUACCGCCACCUCCGCCGCCGCCACCCUACGAAAUACAAAAACUUGAGAAAAGUCAACCGUUGCCGUCGGCUUCUUCGCCGGCAGCUUCCUCGUCGACCUCCGCGAUCCCAAACAAAUCUAGCAAGAUGGGCAGUGGCAAUACGGAAGAAAACGAUGAAGGAAAGGACGCCGGCAUGUUGGACAUACGAACGCUUCGCGAGAAGAGCCGCAACAUGGAUCUGCCAUUGAUUUCCGCACUGUGCAACGAUCAAUACCUGCUGAAACAAACUAAGGCCUUUGUUCUGCCGAAGCAUCCCAGCGAAACUACUACGUCCACCGCUACGUCCACGAAGAGCAGCACGCGAAACAGCAGCGGAACGACUUUCAGCAGAAACAAGUAUCCGGUGAGCGGACUGUCGACGACGCAGAUCCAGUCACCGAGGAAGUCCACGACGAGCACUCACAAGCACCCGCCCGAAGGGAAGGGCGGCAAAACCAAUACUUCCUCCGCCACCACAGCAUCGUCGGCUAAGAGGGACUUCACGAGAGCGUCUCACUCUUAACACUCGCUCUCUCUCUCUUUCUUUUUCUCUCUUCUCUCUCUCUCUCUCUUUUUCUUUUUUCAUUUAUAGAAUCUUGUAGCUCAGGAUAAAAAUAUUAUUUUAUAAUCUCGACAUCACCGCGUAUUAUGUUUUGUCGAUCCGAUAUGACUCGUGCGCGACGCGUAGUAAAGAAAAACGUAAGAAAAAUUAAACGAAUACAUAUAUACAUAUAUGUGUAUAUAUAUAUAUAUGUAUAUAUACAUAUAUACGUAUACAUAUAUGUAUAUAUAUAUAAAGUUCUUUCCUGCAGACCGUGCUUCUUCGACUCAGGGUGCCAUCUUAUCCGUUUUUACCAUUUCCCUUCUCCGGCCAGAAUACUCAAAAGCUCAAAAGAUUGUGAACUUGAAUGACCAUUCGUCCAAAGUGACAGAAUAUUUUAAGCUUGCGUUAAUCGCUCAUUGAGAUGACGAUGAACGAAAAACAAUCUCCUGUUUUUCGUUCUCUCGUACUGCUUAUUCUUACAAAUUAUACGUUCGCGCUACAAGCAACCGCUUUCUCUGACACAUGAAAAUAUUUUUAAAUACUCGAACUCCAAUAAAAUAGACGCUUAAAAUGUAUCGUCUUUUGCUCAAUUAUUACGGUUGGUGCGAUGGUAAUUUGAUUUAUAAGCCUCGAUGAAGGCGGCGCUAGUCCCGCUCGGUGGUUUAGAAUAAACUAUAUAGAGUUAUUGGCCAUUAUAUAUAAUCAUUACGAUUACAUUGCAUGGUAACCAACCCAACACGGGACACAUUCUACAUAAAUCUCCAUUAGAUGUUCGGUGGACGUCACGUGGAAUUACAUCCGUUAGAUGUCUAAAAAAUAUGUUAUGUCCGUGCGAGCAGUACACGUUAAAAAUCUGACUGUUUGAAUAUAUAUGAGUUUUUAUAGAAAUUUAAAUUAAAAAAAGGAAGUGUUUUUAGAAGAAAAGAUUAUAAAUCGAAAAGAUUGCUGGUAGAAAUGGUUACUAUGCAU